AAAAAGGAAAGAGGCUCUAAUGGAGUCUGUUCAAAGAGAUAGUUUAGGCAGAAAAAGUGUAGAUGUCGGGUGAAAGGUUCAAGUCAAAAGUUUUGGUACAGAAACUCAAAAAGCUGCUUAAGUUAACUUAGUAAAGUUAUAUUUGACCAAUGGAAUCAGCAAUUAACUAGCUUUGACGUAAUGGAGCCCUUAUCUUUGGCUAGUACAUUGACGAAGGACAAAUCAAAUUCUUCAAUCUUUAUAUGGAUGCUACUGUUGAUGAUAUGAAAUUGAUCAUCAUCUAUACUUUUAGGAUACUCUGAUUCUGGACACUUAAAAGCCCAUUACUAUGUGAUCUACUGCUCCAUUUGAAGAUACUUCUUGAACUUCAACUUUUCUGUUAAAUUCUUCAGUUUGCUACAGUGGAUACAUGUUUAAUGUAGAACAUGUUGAGACGUCUGAACUUAAGUAUAAUAUGAAGACUCUUUGGAGCACCCAAGGAUGUGGCCUAGUGAUCAAUGAAGUGGGUGCAAACAUUGGUGCCCAAGGUUCAAAUUCCAAGAGAGACAAAGAAUAUUAGGUGAUUUCUUUGCAUCUACCUGAGCCUUAAUAGGCAGAGUUAUCUGGUCUGGUGAAAGAUAGCAGGUACCUAGUAAAAUAUUUGAGAUGUGAGCAAGCUGGCUCAAACAUCAUGGUUUUUCAAAAAACUAUUAAGUCCCUUUCGAUGUAACAUUGGCCUUGCUGUGUCCUUUACUGGCUUGAUUUUGCGUACUUAUAUAUUUGAUGAAUGGUUUUUAUUUGUGCAGAACUUCAAUAUUAGCACUUCAAAUCUGGAUGAUUUCUUUGGUGGUCCAGCAUUUCUUGCAUGGUCACGUAUGGGAAACCUACAUAAAUGGGGUGGGCCACUUCCGCAAAGUUGGUUUGAUCAGCAACUCAUUCUGCAGAAGAAAAUUCUUGGUAGAAUGUAUGAGCUUGGGAUGACACCAGUUCUUCCAGCCUUUUCUGGAAACGUUCCGGCAGCACUGAAGCGUGUAUUUCCAUCAGCAAAGAUAAGUCGUCUGGGGAACUGGUUUACUGUGAACAGUGAUACCAGAUGGUGUUGCACAUAUCUUCUUGAUGCAACUGAUCCUUUGUUUAUUGAAAUCGGAAAAGCAUUUAUUGAACAACAGCUAAAAGAAUAUGGAAGGAGUAGCCACAUAUAUAACUGGUAAGCUUUUUUUCAAUUCCAUUAUCGUCAGGUGGAAAAAUCAUUUUACUUCUAUAGUUUCAUGUAUUAUUGGAUACUAGUUGGCGUAGAUUGGUCGG